AUGUGUUUUGAAAUAAACGUUUUUGCGAUCAUUCUUUUGAUUGUUUCAUUCGUAGGUAGAGUAAGAAAUGGAGGUCCAGAACACACCACACAGAAGGAGACGCGACCCGAGUACAUUCAUCCAGAUGGUCUCCUUAACUUCGAUCCUUACUUAUCUGAUUUCAAACAGGAAGUCGAAGAGGACGACUACAUACCUUUGCCAGAGAAUGACGAGACUAUAGACGGUCUGCCGAUCUUCCUUCUAGAACCAAAGAACGCUUAUGUGUUAAGAAGUAAACCGGCAACCCUGCUGUGUAGAGCGGCAAAUGCAUUACAAGUUUAUUUUAAAUGCAAUGAUGUUAGAGUUGACAAGACUGUUCAGUUGGAACACGUGGAUCCACAGAACGGCGUUAGAGUGGUCGAAGCAGAACUGAACGUGACAAAGAAUGAGCUAGAUGAAUAUUUCGGUGGACGAUACAGCUGCGAGUGCUACGCGUGGAAUAGCAGGGGCCGGAUUAGAAGUCAAGCUAAUUACAUCGAAUUUGCUUACAUAAAGAAGCAAUUUGUGCAACAACCACAAUCGGCGACUGUUGAAGCUGGGAGACAGGUCGUCUUCAGGUGUAGCCCACCGCCCGCCGCUCCACCCGCGACCAUCAAGUGGACGAGGAAUGGAGUCACCAUCGAGGCUACAGAUGAGGCUUUAGUACUUCCCAAAGUCGGUUUACAGGACAUAGCCAACUACAGCUGCAUAGCAGAAAAUAUCGCCGGGCGACGCGAGUCCGACGUGGCGGUUUUGUCGGUCUAUGUGAACGGCGGUUGGUCGGAUUGGUCUGCUUGGACCCCUUGUCGGUGCGGGUCACAGACGAAUGGUAAGCGCAGGACUCGAACCUGCACCGAGCCGGCGCCGGCCAACGGCGGCGCGCACUGCAGGGGUCAAGCGGCACAAGGCGACGAAGAGUGUGCAAGGUGUCAAACCGAUCUGUUAGGGAGCUGGUCAGCCUGGAGUGCAUGGUCAGCAUGCAGUGCAGAGUGCGCAAUGUCACGGCGGAGGCAGUGCACUGGCACUUGCCCCGGCGCCGCGCUGCAGCACGCCGCCUGCAGGGACGGAUUGUGCGCAGCCGCCAUGCGGAUAUAUAAAAGCAAUGUGACCCUUUACGUGGGUGUUGGGAUCACGAUAGCGAUGUUGGCUGCUGGAGCAGCUGUGCUGUACGUGUGGUGUAAAUUCAGAAGUGUUAGACCAGGAUACACUGCUGCAAGGGCAGGUGCGCCUAAAACGUAUUCGGGGCGGGAUAAGAGCAACGCUGGGCCGGACUUGACGAGGACCUGCAACGAAUACUGGAUGCAAAGGCCUGAUAACCACUACGACCUGCCACAGUUGAGAGACAGUUAUUCCUCACCGUUUGGCAACCGAAGUCGCCAGCAGUCGUCUCUGGGCAGCAACCACUACGAGAUGAAGCCGUACAGUCCGUCAGGCGACUCGGCCUCGAGCUGUUAUACCAAUUCAAGGACUAUGACGUCACGAUCCAGUGAGUGCUCGUCGUCGCAGCUCGCGGAGCUCGUGACGGCAUCACCCAUCUCCCAUUCCAAAGUGGACGUCGCAGUUACCUUACCCACCGGUUCCCUAGAAACGAGCUAUAGAGAUAAGAUAUGUCUAACUAUUGUAAAAUAA